UUUACAUCUGUGAAGAGGGCUGGAUCCCACAAUUGGAGAUUUGCACGACUAACUGCUAGAACAUGAACUUUUAUUUUCUGGCAUUCCUCCUCCUCUGUAACGCCAAGCAAGGCUGGACGGAGGAUGCAAUUGAAUCAGAGGAUGGAUCACAUCCUCUAAUUCCACUCAUUCCACUGAUGCCUAGUAAACCCAGAUCAGAUUUGAAAGGAACUCUUGACCCUCCCAUAACAGAAGCACUCACAGUUACUCCAGAUGGCCCGGCAGGAGAUCCCUCAACCCCUGUUUCCACUCCAGGCCAGAAAGAAGCCUCCUCUGAGGAAGAUCUUGAUGGGCUCUGUGAUAGUAAAAUGACCAGCCAACAGAUUCAGCAGGCCAUAGGCAACAGCAUUAUGAAGCUUGGCCUUUGGUUCUUAAAAAACUUGAGGCCUAGCCCAGAGCAGCCCAAUGUCAUAAUUUCCCCUCUCAGUUUGUCUGUAGCACUCUCACAGCUAGCGCUGGGAGCAACGAAUGAGACAGAGGAGCUGCUUUUACACCACCUGCACGCAAAUGCAUUGCCCUGUUACCACGCUGCCCUCAGCAACCUCCUGCACAAUUUCCGCAAAAGGAGCCUUCCCAUCGCCAGCCGCAUCUAUCUGACAUCUGGAUUUAAAGUGAAACAGGAGUUUAUGGAAGAAACUCAGAAACUGUAUGACUCAGAGCCAGCCACUUUGACCGAUCUGAAUGAGGUCAAUGAGUGGGUUAAGAAGGCUACAAAUGGGCAAAUCUCAGAGUUUUUGUCCAGUCUACCUGCCAGCAUUGUUAUGAUGCUUAUCAAUGCUAUGCAUUACAAAGGAGAGUGGCUCACUCGCUUUGAUCCUCGCUUUACCUCUACUGAGCGCUUCCACAUAGAUGAAAACCAAAUAGUCAAUGUGGACAUGAUGCUUGGUCCAAAGUACCCUCUAAGUGUUUUCACCCACAAUGAGCUUGAUGCUCAGAUUGCUCGAUUCCCCUUUAAAGGUGACAGGAGUCUUUUGGUGUUAAUGCCAACAUCUGGACAUGUGAAUGUGUCAGCCAUUGUGGCCAAACUCAAUAUCUCAGAUCUUUACUUUCGGCUACCACGAGAGAGAAGCAUGCAGGUUAAACUCCCAAAAUUCAAACUUGACUUUAACCAGGACCUCCGAGAGGCAAUGAGAAGCAUGGGUCUAGGAAUGCUAUUCAGUCAUCCGAACCUGAAUCGUAUCUCAGAGAACCCCUUGUUUGUGUCUAAUGUGCAACAUAUGUCCAGUGUAGAGAUAAAUGAAGAGGGGGCAGAGGCAGCUGUGGCAACAAGUGUGGUCAUCUCACGCUCCAACCCUUCAUUUAUAGUCAACCAGCCAUUUUUCUUUGCGCUAAUGGAUGAUUUAAGUCAGACACCAUUCUUCCUGGGUGUAAUAUCUAAUCCCAACCCUGGAGCAUCCACUAUGGUCACAAGCCCAGGCAAUUCAGAUAAAAUGGAAUUUACUUACGACAAGACUUUGUAUUCGCCUCCAAAGUAAAUUCUUUUCACACCUUUAUCAGAAUGAGUCCAUAACUGACCUUAGUCUGAGCAGUUAGAUCCCACUGGGAGGCAAAUGAAGGACCACAAAUAAAAUAAACCUCAGGCGUCAAAUCAGAUAAUUUAAAAUUAUUCCCCUCAUGCAAAUUAGUGUUAUUCUAAAUGUUCUAAUCUUGUUAAAAUGUCAUUCUUUCUUUCUUUUUUUUAAUUAAAGAGACUUGACCAGAAAA